CCGCCCGCUACCCCCGCCCGCCCAUCGGCACCCGCGCAGGCCCGGCCGCGGCUCAGGCCCGGGGCCCUGGCGUCUCCUGUCCGCUGAGCCAUGGCCACCCCCGAUGUGAGUGUCCACAUGGAGGAGGUGGUGGUGGUGACGACGCCUGACACAGCGGCGGAUGGCAGUGGUGUGGAAGAGGUGAAGACUGUGCUGGUCACCACCAACCUUGCCCCGCACGGCGGUGACCUGACGGAGGACAACAUGGAGACGGAAAAUGCCGCGGCGGCUGCUGCAGCCGCGUUCACGGCAUCCUCGCAACUCAAGGAGGCCGUGUUAGUGAAGAUGGCUGAAGAGGAGGAGAGCCUGGAGGCAGAGAUCGUUUACCCCAUCACCUGCGGGGACAGCAGGGCCAACCUGAUCUGGAGGAAGUUUGUGUGCCCCGGCAUCAAUGUGAAGUGUGUGCAGUACGAUGAACAUGUCAUCAGCCCCAAGGAGUUUGUGCACCUGGCUGGCAAGUCCACCCUGAAGGACUGGAAGCGAGCCAUCCGAAUGAACGGCAUCAUGCUUAGGAAGAUCAUGGACUCCGGGGAGCUGGACUUCUACCAGCAUGACAGGGUCUGCUCCAACACCUGCCGCAGCACCAAGAUUGACCUCUCUGGGGCGCGCGCAUCCCUGGGCAGCCCCACGCCUACUGAGUACAUCCCGCUCACGCCAGCCACCGCUGACGUGAAUGGGGCUCCUGCGACCAUCACCAUCGAGACCUGUGAGGACCCAGGGGACUGGACCACAGCCGUUGGAGAUGAUACGUUCGCCUUCUGGCGGGGGCUGAAGGACGCAGGCCUGCUGGACGAGGUCAUACAGGAGUUCCACCAGGAGCUGGUGGAGACCAUGAAGGGCCUACAGCAGCGGGUGCAGGACCCGCCCCUGCAGCUCCGAGAUGCCGUCCUCCUCAAUAACAUCGUCCAAAACUUCGGCAUGCUGGACCUGGUGAAGAAGGUGCUGGCCAGCCACAAGUGUCAGAUGGACCGUUCUCGGGAGCAGUAUGCCCGCGACCUGGCAGCCCUGGAGCAGCAGUGUGACGAGCACCGCCGGCGGGCCAAGGAGCUCAAGCACAAGUCACAACACCUCAGCAACGUGCUCAUGACUCUCACUCCGGUCUCCCUGCCGCCCCCUGUGAAGCGACCGCGGCUCGCAAGGGCCACAUCUGGGCCAGCCGCCAUCGCCUCACAGGUGCUCGCCCAAUCUGCCCAGAUCGCCCUGACCCCCGGCGUGCCCGUCUCCCAGCUUACCAGUGUGCCGCUGGGCAAAGUGGUGUCCACCCUGCCCUCCCCCGUGCUGGGCAAGGCUGCGCCCCAGGUCGCUCCGGCCAGCUCCCCCGCCUCGCCACUGCUUGGCGGCUACACGGUGCUGGCUUCCUCUGGCACCACCUUCCCCAACACGGUGGAAAUCCACCCGGACGCGUCCAGCCUCACGGUCCUGAGCACAGCCGCCAUGCAGGACGGCAGCACUGUGGUCAAGGUGGUGAGCCCACUGCAGCUGCUCACCCUGCCCGGCCUGGGCCCCACCCUGCAGAACGUGGCCCAGGUAUCGCCCGGGGGCAGCACCAUCGUGACGGUGCCCACGGGGACUGUCGAGAGUGCCGUGGCUGCCCCGGGACCUGAGGAGCACACGGCCACCAUCGAGGUGGCCGCCAUGGCGGAAGGCCAUGAGCACAAGUAGCAGCCAAUGGAAGGUGAGGCCCCACGUGGGCACUGGGCUGGCCACUUCUCCUCAGGCUGUGGGGGCACAGCGCCGGUGCCCGUGGGCCACGUGGGGCUGCUGAACCAAAGAGAGGAAACGCCAAAACAGACGGAGAAGAGAGGAGAGGUGAGGGAUGUGGCAGCAGCCUGGGAUGUGGGGCUCUGAGCUCUGAGCCUCCUCCCCUGUUUUCUUGGGAAAUAUAUUUUUCCAUCUGUUGCUUAUUAAUACUGUUUACACGUGGGGCCUUGGUGAGGAGCCAGGUUGGGGGCCAGGGGCCCAGUGCAGCUGGCGGCAGAGGCAGGGCAGGGGCAGGGCCUCGGCCCGUAGCUGGGGAGCCCGUUACUAACACGUGUCUUGGGAACUGUCCCCAAGUGUGGAAACCCAUGGAUCCUAUGGAUUUGGUUUCUUCCCACAGUUUUCUGUAGGUUUAGUGUGGCCAGCACUCUGCUCUUCCAUCUCUGGCAUAAGCAUCAGUGGUGCUUCAGGCCUGCACGUGGCUCAGGGGCCUCCAGGGCACCCGGGGGUCAGGGUUCAGGCCCUGGGACACCUGCCUGGCCAGAAGGACCCAGGGGCCCAAGCAGCACAGGCCAGAACGCCUCCCACCCGUGCCCGCAGAUGUUCAGGGGCCGUUGCACAUGCUCUGUGGGUGUUCCUAAGUGAACCCCUUAGUAGGCUCCAACAAAGAGUCAGGUUUAUCGUGUUUUCAACCUAAACGAGGCAGAGUGCCUGGGGUCCCUGAUCUGCUCUGGGUUCAAGAGUGUCUUGUACACAGGGACAGUUGGGACAGCCCUGGGGGCAAGAGGCGGGCGUGACCUGUGGCUUUUCCUGGGGAGGACACAGAGAGAGAACGACCAGGGCCUGUAGAGGGGUCACUCCAUGUCCAGUGGGGACACGCCUUGGGUUGGGGCUCAUGGUCUGGUGUUCAACUCCGGACUCAGCUCCAUGCUAGUGGGGCCCCCCUAGAGGUGGGCUGCGCUCCACUGGCUGACACUGGUGCCGCAAGGCGUCUGGGACCAGCAUGGGUGAGGUGGCACCCAGGUGCUCGUGGGGAGGGUGCCUGUGGGCUGGCCGGCCCUCUGCUUUUCUGGUCUUGGACUUGGAAAGACCAGGGAGGGGCUGCUCUGCAGGCCUUGAGCCACUGCAGUGGGGGAUACCACGGCCACCCUCGGCCUCCUGUCCAUCUGACACCUGCGGAGACCCAGAGAGAAGCCUCUGCCUGCCUCGCGCUUCGAAGGGAACUGGGCUCCGUCCAUCCGUCCUUCCGUCCGUCAGGUCCCCUGGACCCACCUCGGCGCCCUCACUGAGGCUCUGUUACUGUCGUGUCUGGUCGGCUGCCGUUUCGGGCGCGCUGCUUUCAGCACGGUGUCACUUGCUUGUUAGACGCUCCUCUUCCAGGCGCAUCUCUGAUGCACACAGUUGAGCCUGUGGACGGGACACCCCAGCCAGUCCUGCGUCCAGCUCAGAUCAUAUCAGAACAUGUUGCUAGUGAAACUGGGCAUCUUGUGCUUGGAACCUUGACCAUUCAGACCUGCUACGCCCUGGAAAGCUGCCUCUGCCUGCCGGUCACGGAGCACUGGGUGGAAAGUUCGUUUCAGAGCCAUAUAGACAGAACCGUGACGCCUGCUUCCAGACACGGUGCCUGGGGGCCUAGCUCCAGGUGGGGGAAGGGGCCCACUGUCCUCCAGGAACCCUCAGCCCGGUGUGGGGAUCGGGCCAUCUCGCUGUCAGCGCCCCACCCUUCCCCCCACCAGGCAUGCGGGGCCUGUCCCAGGCUCGGGCUCCAGGAGGCAGAAUUGGAUCUGGGGGGCUCGGAGGCAGCCUGGGCAGGGGACACCUCUGAGUUCUACUUU